AUCGCAUCUCAGGCGUCCUCCAAGCGCUCUCUUACGUCUCCCUCCAGCAGGAGAGAGAACUGACACUACACUGGGGCUGAUCAGUUCAUCAGCUUUUUUUACCUGCCUUGGUCGCUGAACCAUGUCGUUGAGCCCAAAGCAUACUACACCCUUCUCAGUGACUGACAUCUUGAGUCCCAUUGAAGAGACCUACAAAAAAUUUGGUGCCAUGGAAAGCGCUGGAAACCUGAGCAGCCCCUUGGGAGGCUACAGACAGACACACGUCUCCCAGACUGGCAUGCAACAGCACAGCAUGGGCCACAAUGUCACCACCACCACCUACCACAUGCCACACACUGUCACCCAGUUCUCACAUGGCACAAUGAGUGGCUACUGCAAUGGGGGCAUUGGCAACAUGGGAGACAUCCCUUCCUAUCAAGACUCCAUGAGAAAUAGCGCAGCAACAGGCUGGUAUGGAGCCAACACAGAUCCCAGAUACUCAACAAUUUCUAGAUUCAUGGGACCGUCUACAGGGAUGAACAUGGCAGGCAUGGGCACUUUGCAGGGCAUAGCAGAAGCUGCCAAGUCUAUGACUCCUCUCCAUGCUGCUCCCAGAAGGAAAAGGAGAGUGCUCUUCUCUCAAGCGCAAGUUUAUGAGUUGGAGAGGAGGUUCAAGCAGCAGAAGUAUCUGUCAGCCCCCGAGAGAGAACACCUGGCCAGCAUGAUCCACCUCACUCCUACCCAGGUCAAGAUCUGGUUCCAGAAUCACAGGUACAAGAUGAAGAGACAAGCCAAGGACAAGGUCACUCAACAGCUACAACAGGACAACAAUUUGUGUCAACAGCAAUCCCCCCGUAGAGUUGCUGUGCCAGUCUUGGUGAAAGAUGGCAAGCCUUGUCAGAACAGUUCCAACACCUCAACAACCAACCAGCAACAGAGUGGAGCCACUGGUGGGUUGUCUUCUUCUAAUGCCGUCCAUCAGCACCAGAACCAACAGGUUAGCUCCUUAAGUCAAGCUUCAGAAUUAGAAGAAAUGUCACCUAGUCCACAGUCACUUCACAGUCAGGUUGCCAGUAUGGCACAGAUAGACACCUCAGCUGUAGACUACAGCAAUGGGAUGGUCAACCCUGGCAUGCUUUACGGCAGAACGUGGUAAGGGGAGAAUAAAACUCCAUGUACAGGUGAGGGACAGCAGAUAUAUACCCUAUGGUCUUUUGUUUUCAGGCAUUAUUAGUAAGGGGAUGGUGCACCCCCACUGGUUUACAAGACUGCCUAUAAUGACAGUGAUGGAUGGCUUGAAGCACCUACAAUACACCUACAGAGAACUAAUGGUGGAACUGCUGGUGAAUGUUGGUGUUUUUGGGUGCCCACCUGCACUUGCCAGAUUUUACUGUUUCGGCGGAGGACCCUCCUAUCAAAGACACGUUUUUAGCGAAAUCUGGGCAAGGAAAUCCGUUUUCUAUAUUUUUGUUUGUUUGGGGAUAUGCCUAAAAAUAACCUGGCAAAGUCCGGUUUAAGUGGAUUGACCCCAAUUUACCUUGUUGUCUGUGUUAAAUGAUUAUUGGGUUUUUUUUAAUGAAAAAAUGAAUUGUGUUUUCCAUGCAGUUUUUUUUGUAGAAUUUAUUUUCUUCAGAAUUCGAUUUGGGUGAAGUGUAAUAAAAAAUAUUCACAAAGAAAAA